AUGUCAACGCCCAACCCCCAACAAAAAUGGCGCUCCGUAGACCCAAGUGCAUGGGUAGAUCCCAAUUCCAGACCUCCACGCCCGGUCCGACAACCCGCGCCGCGGACUAUCAAGGGGGUUGAGGAUAUUCGGCAGACGAAGGAGUAUAAGACUGCUGCGCGGAGGUGGACAUCGGCUAUUGUUGGGUUGCCGAUUGUUAUGUAUACUUCUUGGAUCCUUUAUGAGAGGAUCUAUGGCAAUAAGAGUGCCAAGCGUCUUGUUCCUCUGGAAAAGAAGGAGUAA